AUGGACAACCAGGGCAACCGCCUGUACCUCAACUUUGGGAACAACAACGACCGACUGGCUGCAACCGACCGCAGUACGUAUCCCACCACGCCGUCCACCUUUCCUCAGCCUGUCUUCCAGGGCCAGUCAGCGAACCCAGGCGGCGCCCAGCAGCCUCAGGCCCACCAGCAGGGCUACACGUCGGCCGGCUACUUCCAGCCCUCGGCAAACCACUUUGGUGCUCAGUACCCGUCGCAGCUCGCACCCCAGGCUUCCGAUUACAGCUCUGCCGGUCAGGGCUACGGACAGGCCCGGUCGACCACUCCCGGCGCCAACAACGACCCCAACACGGGGCUCGCCCACCAGUUCUCCCACCAGAACCUGGGCGGCGCCGGCCGAGCAUCCCCGUAUGGCGCCCGCGGCGCCUCCCCAGGCCAACGCCCCCGGACAGCCGGUGCCCAGGGCCAGCAGGCUGGCUACUCCAGUUACCUGAACGCGCCGCCCAUGCCCACCCAGACUGCCCAGGCUGACUACUUUGCUCCCGCCCCUGAGAGGAACCCGGACAAGUAUGGCCCAAAUGCAAACAACAAUCAGAAAAAGUGUUCCCAGUUGGCCUCGGAUUUCUUUAAGGAUAGUGUCAAGAGAGCUCGCGAGCGGAACCAGAGGCAGAGCGAAUUGGAGCAGAAGCUGGCCGAGACCACCGACCCUCGCCGCCGGGAAUCGAUCUGGGCUACGGGAGGCCGCAGGGAAGGCUCGUACCUGCGCUUCCUGCGAACCAAGGACAAGCCCGAGAACUACAACACCAUCAAGAUCAUCGGCAAGGGCGCCUUUGGCGAGGUCAAGUUAGUGCAAAAGAAGUCGGACGGCAAGGUGUACGCCAUGAAGUCGCUGAUCAAGACGGAGAUGUUCAAGAAGGACCAGCUCGCCCACGUCCGCGCAGAGCGCGACAUUCUUGCAGAGUCCGACAGCCCUUGGGUCGUCAAGCUGUAUACGACCUUCCAGGACGCCAAUUUCCUGUACAUGCUGAUGGAGUUCUUGCCUGGCGGAGAUCUCAUGACCAUGUUGAUCAAGUACGAGAUCUUUUCGGAAGAUAUCACCCGGUUCUACAUUGCCGAGAUUGUCUUGGCCAUUGAGGCAGUCCAUAAGUUGGGCUUCAUUCACAGAGAUAUCAAGCCGGAUAACAUCCUCCUCGACCGCGGCGGCCACGUUAAGCUGACCGAUUUUGGUCUCUCAACCGGCUUCCACAAGCUGCACGACAACAACUACUACCAGCAGCUCCUGCAGGGCAAGUCGAACAAGCCGCGCGACAACCGGAACUCGAUCGCCAUUGACCAGAUCAACCUGACCGUCAGCAACCGGUCUCAGAUCAACGACUGGAGGCGGUCGAGGAGACUGAUGGCUUACUCGACCGUCGGCACACCCGACUACAUUGCGCCGGAAAUUUUCACUGGACACGGCUACUCGUUUGACUGCGACUGGUGGUCGCUGGGAACCAUCAUGUUCGAGUGUCUGGUCGGCUGGCCGCCUUUCUGCGCCGAGGACAGCCACGACACGUACCGCAAGAUUGUCAACUGGAGACAGUCGCUUUACUUCCCGGACGAUAUCCAGCUGGGCGUGGAAGCCGAGAACCUGAUUCGGAGUCUAAUCUGCAACUCGGAGAAUCGGCUCGGCCGGGGCGGCGCGCACGAGAUCAAGAACCACGCCUUCUUCCGCGGCGUCGAGUUCGACAGCCUGCGCCGGAUCCGCGCGCCCUUUGAGCCACGCCUCACGUCCAACAUCGACACGACCUACUUCCCCACCGACGAGAUCGACCAAACGGACAAUGCCACGCUGCUCAAGGCCGCCCAGGCCCGCAACGGCGCCGGCGGCGCGUCGCCGCAGGAGGAGAGCCCCGAGAUGAGCCUGCCGUUUAUCGGGUACACGUUCAAGCGGUUUGACAAUAACUUUCGGUGA